AUGACGUUCUAUUUCUCUAAGAAAAAUCGUGAGAAACCCGUUGUGGACCCAGACAAAGUUGGAGAAGAGUGGCGAAGAGAAGAAGGAUUUAAUUCUCUUGACAUUCCGGUGAUAAAUGCUACAGAGAAAAGGUCGAGACGUGUUUUUGAUCAUCUUACACAAAAACCGGAUAUGGAUUGCGAAGUCACGGAAGAGUCGUGGAAAGCCCUUGUACGAGCUUCUCUUGAAAAGCUCAAGCCUCAAACGAAAGAUGUGAAAGGAACCGCUUCCUUAACAUCUGCGGAAACGGAAGAAAACUUGAAUGACUUUAAAAAGAUGAAGCCGUGGCAAAAGAAGAAGUUCCUUUUGUCUCAAGCAAAUGCUCGUGAAGUAGAACAAGAAGAAAGCUUAGAUGAUCAGCAAGCAGCGAAAAAACCUAGUUUGUGGCAGCAACGCAAAGAUACUGCCAAAGAGGCAAAGGAAAAAUAUGCAGAAGCUGGUGAUCUUGAUGAUGAAAAAGAGAUGAUAUCGCACAUGACUCCCUGGCAACGCAAAAAAUAUCUUGUUAAAAGCAUGAAAGAGAGAGGAAUUGAGAAUUCUGGGGAUUUCGAGGGAAUGAAUCCAGGCGAUGUGUCCACUAGCAUUCUUGGAAGGAAUAAGAAGAGGAAAGCAUCAGAAGACAUAGAAAAUGAUCCAGAAGCUCGCGAACCCCCCAAAAUCGUCAGUGCGAGGUCCUUGCUUACGGGAUCCAGAAUUGGUUUGAGCAAAUCGCAGAGCAGCAACGGGUCCAAACCCAAACAAUCUGAUCCGUUGCAUCGACCAUUUCAAAAUCCCGCUCAAAAGCCCGUCAACGAAACCAGCAAUCCUCGGAAUUCUCGCGAUGUUUCCAGUUUCAACUGCGAGGAAAAACUUCCUUCAGUGAAACGAACCGGCAGCUUAACAGAAAGAAUGGAAAUGGGAGAGGAGCUUGGGAAUCCGCUUCUUAGAAAUCUGGACCCGAAAAUGAUAGAAAUGAUUGAAAAUGAAAUCAUGGAUCAAGGAACUCAUGUGGAUUGGAAUGAUAUUGCCGGCUUGGAGCACGUGAAGAAAGUCAUCAAGGAAAUCGUUGUCAUGCCGAUGCUACGUCCGGAUAUCUUCACGGGACUCCGUGGACCUCCACGAGGAUUAUUGCUCUUCGGACCUCCUGGGACUGGAAAAACUUUGAUCGGUAAAUGUUUAGCGUGUCAGUCAAAGGCGACCUUCUUCAAUAUCAGUGCGUCCUCGUUGACAUCGAAAUGGUUUGGAGAAGCGGAGAAAAUGGUUCGAACUUUAUUCGCUGUUGCUCGGUGUAGAGCCCCUGCAGUAAUUUUCUUGGACGAAGUCGACUCCGUUCUGACGGCUCGAACCGGAGAUGAAAGCGACAGCGUACGAAGAAUAAAAACAGAAUUCUUCGUGCAGCUCGAUGGAGCUGGCUCUGGUGAUGAACGAAUCCUUCUUGUGGGUGCAACCAAUCGCCCCCAAGAACUUGAUGAUGCGGCGCGUCGACGAUUUGUUCGACGGUUGUACAUUCCACUGCCGGAGAAGAUAGCCCGGAAGAAACUGAUGGAAUCCUUGAUGGGUAAAGUGUCUUCCGCUCUAUCAGAUGCGGAUUUAGACUUCAUUGCUGAAAAGACGGAAGGAUUUUCAGGGGCUGACAUGAAAAAUUUGUGUCAGGAAGCAUCUUUGGGUCCCGUUCGUUCGAUUUCGGUGGAGAACAUUGAAACCAUCGGUCUGGAUGAGUUGGCUCCCGUAUCAAAAAUUGACUUCUUGGAAGCUCUGAAAACAAUACGCCCAAGCGUAGCUCAAGCUGAUCUUCAUUCGCUCGUGGAGUGGGAUAAAACAUACGUGCUUCUGUGGAACGUGAAUGAUCGCUCAGCAUUGCCGGUCAGAGGUGUUCUACACUCAGCAGAUUUGCGCGAAUUUCGGUUACUCGAGAUGCCGCCACCAUCUCGAAGCAAAAGCGAUGCGGUGACAUUAAAUUUUCCUGAAGUGAUCAUCGUGUCAAAGUUUCCGGAAGAUCAAAUCGAACUGGCCAGUGUUGACAUUCGCAAGCUAGCGAAGGCAUUUGAAGAAAAAUCCAAGGUAGUUGGUCCCGAGGCAGGCGGUGCAAACGGAGUAUACUUGUGGUGUCACGAAGAUAAACGAGGAUUAGUUGAACACGUGCCAUUGGAUUCCUCUACUUUGCUAAUUUUCGAACGCUUCGAUGAUUCGGGAGAGAGUACAUUUAGUAGAAUACAUUCUAAGAUAUCCCAACUUCGCAAACAAGAACGUCCUUCUUUGGUAGGCCCUCAAGUGAUCUUGAGUUCAAUGGCGAAGAAUACGAUCUUGCGACCGCAACCGUACGCCAGAUGGUGCAAUAGUAUGAGUGGAAUGAUCAUCUGUUUCUCAGGCAUCAAGGAAGACAAAGGAUCCACGACGUGUGAUAAAUUGAACCAUUUAAAAGAUCUCGCGCGAAGGAUGGGAGCCACGGUCGAGAAGGAUUUUGUGGACGGCGUUACCCACCUCAUCUGCCAAACGCACCUCACGGAAAAAUACAAGAUGGCUCGUCAUUUGAAAAUCCCUAUUAUGAGCGUAGAUUGGAUCACCACUUUGUACGAGGCUUGUCGGGAAAAUCCAUGGACGAACGCAUCUGAAGAACGCUUCAGAAAGCUGAAGUUUAGGUGUUUCGAAGGGCAAACUAUCUGUCUUUCACAGAUUCCCAAGAAAGAGAAAUUUCAGCUGAGAAAGCUGAUAGAAGAAAACGGGGGAACAUUCUUGGCCGACCUGAAGUUGAGUAAUGUUACAAUUUUAAUAUCUGGUUCGGCAUCUGGAGAGAAGUUUGAAGCUGCGUUAAAAUCUAACCGGAUAAUCAUUCUAAAAUCAAAUUGGUUGCAUGACUGCUGCGAUCAGGGAUACAUGUUGGACCACGCACCAUACCGUUUUGCAGAAAGGAAGUGUUCAACACCUACUUCUAUGACUGUCAAUGAGAGGCCCAGCUUUGACAUAAGCCGCGUCACCGGUGUCAACGAAACAGCUAUGGAACCACGAACAGUGGAAGAGACUUUUGAAUCGACUUGUUCCGUUGAUGAUUUCCGUUCAGCCGAAAGAGCCGACAAUGUUGGCUUUCCAUUAAGUGGUUCAAGAAUUUUUAUAUAUGCUGUGAAAUCUGCCCCAGCUUUGAGGAAAAUCGUCAGAGCUGCCGGAGGAGUAGUUUGCAGCGAUUUGAACGAUGAUGUCACCCAUUUGGUAGCAGAAGUUGACGAUAAUCAAGCAAACAUUGCUGAAGCUGUCACCAGAUUGCUGCGUGGAUACCCUACGGCAAACCCUGUUUGUGUUUCUGCUGAGUGGUUGAAGAGAUGUCUGGAUCUCAACAAACAUGUGGAAGAAAGUGAUUAUCUGCUCCAUUCUCCGCCUCGACCAACUGCUGAACCUGUUAUGCCGCAAUUUUCAAGGUCGCAAGCGCCGUGCCUUCCGAAUAAUAAUCCACCACGUUUCGUUGAUCCUGCUCCUCAGCCUAGCGCAUUAACCAUCGAACAUCCUCCGCCUGUUCCCGAAGAUGACACUGAUCAGUUCACAGAAUCGGAGGAUAUUCCGCGUGACCUUUUCCAAGGGAAGCGCAGUAUUGUUCUUGAAGAUGACGAAGAGAACUCCGUGUCUCAAUUACUUAUGGCGAUGGGGUCAGUCGUUGUGUCACCCACGUCAACAGAACGAGUGGAUUUCGCCUUCGUUGAUAUGGAAGCCAUGAAGAUGGGUUGUUGUUCUAUCCCAUCGACUCUGAAUGCUGACGAGAUUUUGUCCAAUGGAUGGAUAGAUGAUUGCCGAAAUGCGGGAAAGCUUCUUCCCGUUCAAUAUUUUCACCGUCCGAUUCCAUCGAAAGUGUACGAGAAGACUGAGCUGUUGAAAAAUUGUGUAAUAGUGCCGACGAGUUUCACUGGAUUGGAACGCGAGUAUAUCUGCAUCCUGGCACAAGUCGUCGGUGGUGUGUCGCUGGAAAUGUUGUCGAAAAAAGACGUGCCCGCAAAAGGUUACAGAGCGUGCACUCAUCUUAUCGCGAAAGUACCAGAAGGACAAAAGUACGAUCGAGCAGUGUUAUGGGGACUGCACACAAUUUGCGUGGAUUGGCUUUUAGAAUCCGCUUUGUCUGGUGUUCGACUUCCCGAAGUAAGUUUUCCUGUUGUAACUUUGGAUGAGGACAAGGAAAUGGAGCGUCUUCAAAAAAGCGACAUACUGUUACUUGAGCACUUGAAAAUUGGAGGAUGUAUUGGGAAGAAAUACUUGCCACCAGCCGAUGCUGAAGUGACCCUGACGGAGAAGGAAAAUGUGGAACCGUUUCAUUUAGAACAAAUGCCUGUGGACGACGAAUGUCCCACGAUGUCAUUCCACGAUGAAGAAAUUCAGAGAAGUGUCCAUCCUGCAACACCAGAAGUGAAACAGCAACUAAGUCCGCCUGUUUCCGUUCGUGGUGGUACACAACUAAGACUGAAUGAAGGAAGUAGGAAACGGUCUUUUCCAGCCGCUCGCUUGCAUGACGGCUCGUAUUGGAGACCCACUAAGAUUCCGCAUCAUUGUCUAAAAGAUCCUGUUGUUACGCAAGCUAAAGAAGAUGCCAAAUUUCUGGUGUGCCCUGCUUGGUUGGAUCAAUGUGCUGAGGAGCUUACUCGGGUUCCUGAAGCGGAAAAACCUUUGGGUUGGCGAGAUGCUCCUUCCCGAGAAUCGUCACCGACUCCAGAUCAGCGGAUGGAUAUUUCGUGGUAUCAACCCGAAGCUGGAAGUUCGGGUCGCAUUAAUGCGGGUUUGAAACCUGUGGAGAAACCGUCGAAUACUUGCAAUUCAUCGGAAAACCUUGAUGACGAGAGUGAGGAUCCGAAACUUUUGUCGGACAUGCAGCGAUUGGCCAACAUGGCCCAGCAGAGCAGAUCUUCCAGAGGCAGCACAAUUGCCCCCGAACCUUCGUCCAAGACCAGUACAAAGAAAAGCCAAGAGCAAAAGUUGGACACCAUCUCGUGGAAUGACCCAGUUGCAAUUGAGACUCGUAAGAAGUUUGACGCUUACAUCUUGGCCGACACGCAAACCCAACAACCACUCACGAUGAUGCACCAGAAAUUUAUGGAUUCUUAUGACAGUCAAGGAAAAGAUAGUGAUGGGAGUGAAGGCACGGAGCCCUUGAACGCCAAAAAGGAUUCGAUGGAGAGGAGGUCUGAAAUACGCUUGGAGUCGGAAACUGAACCACCAGUUGUGAGAGUCUUCUCCUUUGGAAGAUUGAGUGAAUCCGAGAUGACGAGGAUGAUGAGGGUGGUGGAGACGCUAGGUGGCUCUACUGUCGACACCAGACAGGUGGACCCAAGAGUGACGCAUUUCCUGACGGCAGGUGUUACUAGGAGUGAAAAAGCGAUUGGUCUGGUGGCUGCCGGUGCUUGGGUGCUUCAUCCAAAUUACAUCUUAGAUUGCGAACAAGCUGGACGAUUUUUGCCGGAGGAUAACUAUGAAUGGGGAUCUCCAGCGACGACCAGUGAGUUAAGCAAGCACAACCCUGCUGAACGAGGCUUAGCGCAAUGUGCUACCUUUUGGAGGAAGAAACGGGUUUUAGAAGGAGCAAACAAUUCUUUUUCACAAUUCAGAGCAGGAGUUCAUGUCGGAAAGAAAACCGGAGCAUUCGCGAGGAUUUUGCAAGCUGGUGGAGCUACUCUCGUUGAUACAAGACUUCCCUUGACCGACUUGAAAGAUGCAAAUUUGAUCGUUGCUGACGACGAGGACUUGAAAUCGAUUGAUUGGGUGUCGGUGGCGAAGAUGGGGGUUCCUGUUGUGACGAGCGCUUUCACUACGAAUUUCUUGAUUUCCUGUGGCAACUACAAAAUGUCGGAUUCUUACCAUUCGUCUUACGUUGACGCUUUGAGAAAGUUGGGCAAACCUGUGGAAUGAGGCUUUUCUCGUUUUCCAUUCGUGAAUGUUCUGUUUUAUUUUGUAAAAAAAUGUAGGAGUUAAUGGUCAUGUUUUUUACGAAGAGAAAACUUCCUGUAUAAGCUUUAUUUUUGUAUCCAUUCAAGUACAGUCUGAAUUUGUUCUUGAUUUUAUGAUUAGCGAUGCUCUCAAAUUAUGUAAUAUUCCAAAAAAAUACCUCGUGAUUUUCAGUAGUGAGAAUUUGCAGGUAGUUCUGAAGUCAGUGCCGAGAUCAGUUCUUGUGGGAUUUUUCCGGAAAACCUGAGAACCAGUUGCUGUGAAAUGGACCGAUGCUUAAGGUUUU